AUGCCAGGCACGACGGCCAGCCUGCUCGUCGCGGCCAUCAUUCUCGCCGUAUAUGCUCUCUACCGCGCCGCACUGCCCAAGCCCAUUCCCGGCAUCCCAUACGAUGCCACCUCGUCGCGUAGACUGCUCGGCAAUGUGCCGGCCAUGCUUGCGAACAUCAAGAAGAGCGAGGGCACCUUUAUCACUUAUGUGACCGACCUCAUGGACUCGCUCAACUCGCCCAUCAUCCAGGUCUUCAUCCGCCCCUUUGGCAAGCCACUCGUCAUUCUGGCCGAUUUCCGCGAGGCCCACGACCUGAUGACCCGCCGGAAAGAAUUCGAUCGAUCAGACGUCGUGGGCGACUUGUUCCUGGGGGUCGCGCCAAACCACCACAUUCGCCAAAAGACGAAUGACAUCUUUAAAGCCCAGCGUCGUCUCAUUCAGGACCUCAUGACGCCUACUUUCCUACACGACGUCGCCGCCCCUGCCAUUCUGCAGAAAGUCAACUUGCUCAUGGACCUCUGGCGCGUCAAAGCGCGCGCCGCUCGUGGACAUCCUUGGGUAGCCAACGCCGACCUCAACCACAUGUCGCUCGAUGCGAUCAGCGCCUUUGCAUUCGGCGCCGGCUUUCAGCACAGCGCGGUACAACCCGAUCUGGACGCAGUCAAGGCGCAGGCCUACAACCUCCCCGCUAGCAAGGAUGAGCCCAUCGUGUUCGCCCAGGGCCAAAAAGAUCAGCUUCUGCAGUCCAUCCUGGACCUGACCCAUACGAUUGGCGAAGUACAAGGCAACCCGUCGCCGCGAUUAACGUGGGCGUAUGUGAUGCGCAAGCCCAAGAUCCAGAAAGCGGCCAGGAGCAAAGACGACUGCCUCAAGCGAGAGCUCCAGGACGCCGUCAAGCGCUUUCAAGAUGGCAACAAUCGGGAUGUCAAACUGCGCUCUGCAGUGGAUCGAAUGAUUCUGAACGAGAGAGAUCUGGCUGAAAAGGAUGGACGCUCGCCCGAGUACUUCUCGGGCGUGAUGAUUGACGAGCUCUUCGGGUUCAUCUUCGCAGGCCAUGAAACGACCAGCACCGCGCUCUGCUGGGGUCUGAAAUUCCUGGCCGACAAUAAAGACACACAGGAUAAGCUGCGUGAGGCGCUCUGGACGUCGUUUGCCACGGCGAAGGGGCAAGGCCGUGAGCCGACAAUUGAAGAGAUCACCGGCGCGCGGGUCCCCUAUCUCGAGGCAACGAUGGAGGAAAUCUUGCGCUGUGCGGGCGCCGCUUCGUUCGUCGAUCGACAGGCCAUGGUCGAUACCCAGCUCCUCGGGUAUGGCAUCCCCAAGGGCACCAGCGUCACCACUCUGGUGACAGGCGCCUCCAUGAUGCGUCCUGCCUUUCAGGUGGACGAGGCUCGGCGCUCAGCGACCAGUCAGUCGGCCAAGAAAAACGGCCACGACCGGGCAUGGGAUCCGAGCGACAUAUCGCGCUUCAAGCCCGAGCGUUGGCUCGCGACCAGUGAAAAGGGCACGGCGUUCGAUGCCACGGCAGGACCACAGCUCGCCUUCGGACUGGGCACGCGCGGCUGCUAUGGGAAGAGGCUGGCGUACGUAGAGAUUAAGAUUUUCCUGACCGUGAUGAUAUGGAACUUUGAGCUCUUGAGAUGUCCUCCGGUGCUUUCGGGGUACAAAUCAAACCUCUACAUGACGCAUGAGCCACGAAGCUGCUACGUGCGUCUGCGGGAGGUUGGCCCACCGGGUGCUUAG